AUGGCUGCCUCAGACAUCCUCCUCUCUGACAACCCAGAGCCGAAACCUCCGGUGGUCAACUACGUCCUCUCCUUUUUGCUGGUGGGCAUAGCGUGGGGGUUGACGACACCCUUCAUCCGCGCCGCGGCCCGCUCCCACUCCCCUCCACCCCACCCGCUGCUCGAGUCACGCUCUGUGCAGUCGAGUGUGGUGAAGCGGAAGGUGCUCGGGGCUUUUUUUGGUGUGAUGGACCUGUUGAGGAACCCGAGGUAUGCGGUGCCGCUGGUGCUGAACUUGACGGGGAGCGUGUGGUUCUUUUUGUUGAUUGGGAAGGCUGGUAUGUGUCACCCCCCCUCCCCUCGUAUGGGAAAGGAACUGAGCUUGACGGUGCCUAUUGUGAAUACCUGUGCGUUCUUGUUUACCGUGCUGGGUGAGUGGUGGGUGGAAGGGAAGGUUAUCAGCCGUGAUACCUUGAUUGGCAUGUUUUUAGCCGUGGGUGGAAUUGCAUUGUGUGUACAGAGCAAGAAUGUUUAG